ACUCUCUCUCUUGCAAGAAAUUGUCAUUCCUUUACAUGGAAAUCAUUUGCUGGUUACAUACACAUCUACAAAGAUAUUCGGAAACAAAAAAAAAAAACAAAAAGAAAGGUGAAGAAUUGCUUGUAUAAUGUUUCGUUAUGCCUAUUUUGGAUCUGUACUCCUUUUUAUUUUCUCCAUUCUCACAAGCUUCAGAGCUUCUGCUCAAGAUCCUACUUACACAUACCAUGUAUGUCCAAACACCACAACUUUCACCAGAAACAGCACUUACUUCGCCAAUCUCAGAACGCUUUUGUCUUCUCUCUCUUCUCCCAACGCCUCUUACUCCACCGGAUUCCAAAACGCCAAAUCGGGACGAGCCCCCGACAGACUCACCGGACUUUUCCUCUGCGGAGGAGACUUAUCCACGGAAGUUUGCCGCAGCUGUGUUGCCUUUGCCGUCAAUGAAACCUUAACUCGGUGUCCGAACGAGAGAGAGGUGACGCUCUAUUACGACGAGUGUAUGCUCAGAUACUCCAACGGCAACAUUCUCUCGACCUUAAACACCAACGGAGGAAUCAUCUUGUACAACACUCAGAAUGUUACAUCCAACCAAAUCGGGUUCAUUGAUUUGGUAUCCACCAUGAUGACGCAAGCUGCUGUCGAUGCAGCUAAUAGUUCUCGAAAAUUCGAUGCGAGUAAUAAGGCCAAUUUAACAGUUUUACAGACUGUGUACGGAUUGGUCCAGUGCACUCCUGAUCUGACGACGAACGAAUGUUUAAUCUGUCUGGAACAGGCCAUCAAUCAAUUGCCUUCUGACAAAAUCGGAGGAAGAUUUAUUACGCCGAGCUGUAAUGCAAGAUACGAGCUUUACCUGUUUUACAACGAAUCCGCUCUUAUGACACAUCAAUCGCAGCUGGAUUCAGCUCCACUUCCAUCACCACCACCGCCACCGCCACCGCCGCCGUCACCGCCACCGCCACCGCCACCGCCACCGUCACCGCCACCGUCACCGCCACCGUCACCGCCACCGCCACCACCACCGCCGGAAAUUUCAGUUCCACCACUACGGCCUGGAAAAGUCAAAAACUCAUUUGUCACAAUCAUUGCUGUUGUUGUUCCAAUCACUGCGGUUAUUCUUCUUUUCUUAGCUGUUUUUACUGUCCGGACUAAGAAAAAGAGGACCAUCUAUGAGAUGGAACCACCUACUGAAGAGGAAGGUGAUAUUACAACUGCAGGCUCACUUCAGUUUGAUUUUAAGGCGAUCGAAGCAGCAACAGAUAAUUUUUCACUUACUAACAAGCUUGGUCAAGGUGGAUUCGGUGAAGUUUACAAGGGUACAUUUUCUAGUGGAGUACAAGUUGCGGUGAAGAGGUUAUCCAAGACAUCAGGACAAGGUGAAAGAGAGUUCGAAAAUGAAGUUAUUGUUGUGGCAAAGCUUCAGCACAGGAAUUUGGUAAGGCUACUUGGUUUUUGUUUGGAAGGAGAAGAGAAAAUACUUAUCUACGAGUUUGUUCCCAACAAAAGCCUCGAUUACUUCCUUUUUGACUCGACGAUGCAAAGGCAGUUAGACUGGAAAAGACGGUACAAGAUCAUAGGAGGAAUUGCUAGAGGGAUUCUAUAUCUUCAUCAAGAUUCAAGACUAACUAUCAUACAUCGUGACCUCAAAGCAGGUAACAUCUUAUUGGACGCUGAUAUGAACCCGAAAGUUGCAGAUUUUGGAAUGGCUAGAAUUUUUGGGAUUGACCAAACAGAAGCCAAUACGAAAAGAGUCGUCGGAACCUAUGGUUACAUGUCUCCUGAGUAUGCGAUGUACGGACAGUUCUCCAUGAAAUCAGAUGUCUAUAGUUUUGGGGUCUUAGUUCUUGAGAUUAUUAGCGGCAAGAAGAACAGCAGUUUCUAUCAAAUGGAUGGUUGUGCUGGCAAUUUGGUUACAUAUGCUUGGAGACUGUGGAGCAAUGGAUCACCGUUAGAGCUCGUGGAUCCGUCCUUUCAAGAAAACUAUCAAACAAACGAAAUUACCAGGUGCAUCCAUAUCGCUUUUCUGUGUGUUCAAGAAGAAGCUGAAGAUCGUCCAACAAUGUCAGCAAUAGUCCAGAUGCUCACUACUAGUUCGAUCGCUCUUGCCGUACCACGACCACCUGGAUUUUUCUUCAGGAGCAGGCAUGAAGAAGUAGGGAGAGCAGGUCCAUCUAUGCAUACGUCUGCUCUUUGUUCAGUCGAUGAUGCUUCCAUUACUAGUGUAGCUCCUCGUUGAAGACAAAAAGAACUCAACAAUGUUAAAGUUAUGAUAAUUAGAAAAUUCAUCAAGUAUAGCUUUUUCAGACUCAUCCGUAUAACUUGAAAAUUCAACCCAUUAAUGAUGCCAUGAUAUACGAAAGGAAAACAGAGUAACGACUAAUACUUAAC